GCGUCGUAUGACGUAUCGUUCCUUUUCUAUUUCCCGAACGAGCGUGCGAGAUCAACGUGCGUUCGAAGUAAAACGUAUCUGUAUUCCUAUCUACAAGCCCAUCCAAUUGACACUAAUCGCAAACAAAUAUGCCACGAGAAAUCAAAGAGAUCAAGGACUUUCUGCUGAAAGCCAGGAGGAAAGAUGCCAAGUCUGUAAAAAUCAAGAAGAAUGCAGACAAUGUCAAGUUUAAGGUCCGCUGUUCUCGAUUCUUGUAUACUCUUGUAAUCACGGACAAGGAGAAGGCUGAGAAACUCAAGCAGUCCUUACCACCAGGUUUACAAGUAAAGGAAGUAAAGAGGAGUGAACGUGUGUAAAAUGACUAAAUAAACUAUCUUUUAAACAUGA